AUGAGGAGGAACAGAGAGUUGAAAUAUCUACUCUCUCGCUCUCUUCAAUAUUCCACUUCUUCACAACACACUCUCCCCGGUUUGCUUCAUCCCAACGACGCCACUUUUUCAACCCCAACCCCAACCUCUGAUUUAUCACAAGACUACGCGUUCCUCCGCAACACUUUGCUCAGUUCCACUUCCACACAAACCCUCCCUCCCGGUGAGUUCGCUAACGACAUUAUUUCAAUUUCAAACGCAAUCAGAACCGGUUUCGACAUUGAAACCAAUCAAUUUUUUAGACAGUUUCGUGGUAGGUUAAGUGAGUCUUUGGUACUGCAGGUGAUGGAUAAUGUCAACAACCCUGAGUUGUGUGUAAAGUUUUUCUUGUGGGCCGGUCGGCAAAUUGGUUAUACUCAUACCCCGCUUGUGUUUGAUAAAUUGCUUGAGUUAUUGGGGUGUAGUGGUAAUGGAAAUGAUAGAGUGCCUUUGAAGUUUUUGAAUGAAAUUAGAGACGAUGAUAGGGAUUUGCUUCGUAGGUUGCUUAAUUUUCUUGUUCGAAAGUGUUGUCGAAAUGGGUGGUGGAAUAUGGCUUUGGAAGAGAUGGGAAGACUUAAGGAUUUUGGGUACAAGCCUUCUCAAACUACUUAUAAUGCUUUGGUUCAAGUUUUUCUUAGAGCUGAUAAGUUAGAUACUGCUUAUUUGGUUAUGAGAGAGAUGUUGAAUUAUGGAUUUGUUAUGGAUAGGUAUACUAUUAGUUGUUUUGCUUAUUCCCUGUGUAAAAGUGGGAAAUGCAGAGAGGCUUUGGAUUUGAUUGAGGAGAUUGAGCCUGAUACUGUUAUUUAUAAUAGGAUGAUUUCUGGGUUGUGUGAAGCUUCACUUUUUGAAGAAGCGAUGGGUAUCUUGCAUAGAAUGCGAUCUACUUCUUGCAUUCCCAAUGUUGUCACUUAUAGGAUUUUGCUUUCUGGUUGUUUGAGAAAAGGACAGCUCGGGAGGUGUAAGAGAUUUUUGAGUAUGAUGAUUACGGAGGGAUGUUAUCCGAAUCGUGAAAUAUUUAAUUCUCUUGUACAUGCUUAUUGUAAAUCAAGGGAUUACUCCUAUGCCUAUAAGUUGUUUAAGAAAAUGAUCAAAUGUGGGUGCCAGCCAGGAUAUCUGGUUUAUAAUAUAUUUAUUGGUAGUGUGUGUAGCAAUGAGGAACAGCCUAGCUCGGAUAUUUUAGAGUUAGUGGAGAAAGCUUAUAGUGAGAUGCUUGAUUCAGGGGUUGUAUUAAAUAAGGUCAAUGUCAGCAAUUUUGCACGCUGUCUUUGUGGAGCUGGGAAAUUUGAUAAAGCUUUUAAGAUAAUUUGUGAAAUGAUGGGCAAGGGUUUCGUCCCCGAUGAUAGUACUUACUCUAAAGUGAUUGGCUUCCUUUGUGAUGCUUCUAAGGUAGAGAAGGCUUUUUCGUUGUUUGAAGAAAUGAAAAUGAACGGCAUUGUUCCCAGCGUUUAUACCUAUACUAUUUUAAUUGAUAGUUUUUGCAAAGCGGGUCUUAUUCAGCAGGCUCGCAAAUGGUUUAAUGAAAUGUUAAGCGAAGGUUGCUCACCCAAUGUGGUGACUUAUACUGCACUUAUUCAUGCAUACCUGAAAGCAAGAAAAGUGUCUGAUGCAAAUGAGCUUUUUGAUAUGAUGUUGCUUGAAGGUUGCAAGCCUAAUGUUGUUACAUAUACAGCUUUAAUUGAUGGUCAUUGUAAGGCAGGGCAGAUUGAAAAAGCUUGCCAGAUCUAUGCCAGAAUGCGAGGUGACAUAGAAUCUUCUGAUAUGGACAAGUAUUUUAAGCUAGAUGACAACAACUCUGAAGGACCAAAUGUUAUUACAUAUGGGGCUUUGGUGGAUGGUUUAUGCAAAGCCAACAAGGUUAAGGAGGCACGGGAAUUGUUGGAUACCAUGUCAGCUCAUGGUUGUGAGCCUAACCAUAUAGUGUACGAUGCUGUUAUUGACGGGUUUUGCAAGAUUGGAAAGCUUCAGGAUGCACAAGAGGUAUUUGCAAAAAUGUCAGAGCGUGGAUACAGUCCAAAUUUGUAUACCUAUAGCUCUUUAAUCGAUUGUCUUUUUAAAGAUAACCGGUUGGAUCUUGUUUUGAAAGUGUUGUCGAAGAUGCUAGAGAAUUCUUGCACUCCAAAUGUUGUUAUUUACACAGAGAUGGUUGAUGGCCUCUGUAAAGUUGGGAAAACAGAUGAAGCUUACAAACUCAUGCUCAAGAUGGAAGAAAAGGGCUGCAAUCCAAAUGUUGUAACCUAUACUGCAAUGAUUGAUGGCUUUGGGAAAUUAGGAAAAAUUGAACAGUGCCUUGAGCUCUAUAGAGAUAUGUGCUCAAAGGGCUGUGCUCCAAACUUUAUAACCUAUAGGGUUUUGAUAAAUCAUUGUUGCUCAAAGGGCCUUCUUGAUGAAGCAUACAAACUCUUGGAUGAAAUGAAACAAACAUAUUGGCCAAAGCAUAUAUUAAGUCACCGUAAAAUUAUUGAGGGCUUCAACCAAGAAUUUAUAACCUCGAUCGGGCUUUUAGACGAGUUGAGUGAGAAUGAAUCAGUGCCUAUUGAUUCUUUUUACAGAAUUUUGAUUGAUAAUUACAUCAAGGCAGGGAGACUAGAACUCGCAGUUACUCUUCUUGAAGAGAUUUCAUCAUCCCCAAGCCUUGCAGUUGCCAAUAAAUAUCUAUAUACUUCUUUAAUCGAGAAUCUGUCACGUGCAAGUAAUGUUGAUAAAGCCUUAGAGCUGUAUGCUAGCAUGAUAAGUAAGAAUGUCAUUCCAGAUCUUAGCACACUGGUCCACCUCAUCAAAGGCCUUAUCAAGGUUGAUAAGUGGCAAGAAGCACUACAGUUAUCAGACAGCAUAUGCCAAAUGGAUAUCCGCUGGCUUCAUGAAGAGGUGACCGAUAUAAGUUAG